AUGGCCACUCCAGUGACCAAGGCGAAUUACGCCCACGCCGAGACGGCAGUCAUCCUCAGCGACUACGUCAAGAAGAUCGCCAAGGGUACCGGCAGUGGUGGUGUCGGUGUCAUGCUCCAUCAACGCGCCGGCCAUGACCCUGACGAUCGAACAAUACUGCGCCCGAACUUUGACACCAUGUAUUCGUUCGCGGUGCUCGAUCUCACCUGCGCGGCAACCGUCGUGCUGCCGCAGACCGAGCGGUACCAGAUCUUGGAGGUGAUUGACGAGGAGCACUGGAUCCCGCUCAUCGCCGCCGAGCCCGGCCGGUACGAGCUCACCAAGGAGUCUGUGGGCAGCCGGUUCGCCUUUGCGUUUGUGCGCACGCGGGUGAACAUGCAGGACCCCGCGGACCUGCGGCUGGCGGCCGAGGUGCAGGACGGGAUCGCCGUCGAGCAGGCCGAGCCGGGCAGCUACCAGCAGCCUCUCACCUACGACAUGGACGAGAUCCUUGCCCUGCGCAAGGCGUACAACGAGCGGAAAGGGAAGGAGGGCGUCACGUCGGAGAUGAUAUUUGGCGCGCGCGACUGCAAGAAGGGCGAGCUCUCGGAGGAGAUGCGCAACUUUGGCGUCGCGGUCGGCUGGGGCGGGCUGCCGAAGGAGGGGGCCGUCUACCCCUUCCCCGACGCCGUCGACUCGACCGACCCGCACACGCUCACGCUCAGGGACGUGCCCAAUCACCCGCGCGCCUUCUGGUCCGUCACCGUCUACGACGAGGACGGCUUCGCCCGCGGGGGCCACUACAACGUCAACUCGGCCUUUGCGAAGCCGGACGCGGACGGCGCCUUCGUGAUCCACUUCGGCGGCGACCAAUCGCAGCCCAACUUUUUGGAGAUCUACCCCGGCUGGAACGUGGCGCUGCGCAUCUACUCCCCGGUGGGCGCCUACUUCGAUGGCAGCUGGACCUCGCCGCAGCUCAGGCGCUGUUAA